AUGUCAUUUCUACAGAACUUUCAUUUGAGUCCAGGUCAGACGAUAAAAUCAACUCGAGGAUUCAAAUGGAAUACAGCCAAAAAUACGAAUAAAGAUGGGAAUGGCAAUGGUAAUACAAAUGGUAACGGAUUCCAAAAUGUAAACCUUACAAACGACUUGAGUUUGCCUCAAUUUAACGAUAACAUGCCACAACAGCUUUCAACUCCUCAGAAACAGGCAACUACUGCACAUCUUUUCCAAUCUGGACUGGAUCAUGGUGCUGGCCCUGUUACAGAUUUCAAUUACACACCGUCGCAUCAAAGACCUUACAUACAGUCAACUUCGGGCACCGUGGUGUCAUCCCAUCAGGACUUAAGACAGAUCGUGGAGACCACUUUGGGGUCCAAAGGUGUUUUAAACCAGGCUGUUAAAUUACCUAAGGGCGAAAAUAUCGACGAAUGGAUUGCUGUACACUGUGUCGAUUUCUACAACCAAAUCAAUAUGUUAUAUGGGUCCAUCACGGAAUUUUGUUCCCCACAAACAUGUCCAAGAAUGAUAGCCACUAACGAAUACGAAUACCUAUGGAACGUCCAUCCUGGGAAACCUCCUAUAUCGUUACCGGCACCUAAAUACGUCGAUUAUCUUAUCAGAUGGUGUCAACAGCAGUUUGAUGAUGAAUCAUAUUUCCCAAGCAAACCAGGUGCCCCAUUCCCAAAAGAUUUCAAAGACUCUAUCGCAAGACCUAUCUUGAAAAGGCUAUUUAGAGUUUACGCCCAUAUCUACUGUCAUCAUUUCAACGAAAUUUUAGAACUCAAUCUACAAACAGUUCUCAAUACAAGUUUCAGACAUGUCUGUCUGUUCUCAGAAGAAUUCCACAUCUUAAAGACUAACGACUAUGGGCCUUUGCUUGAACUUGUAAUUGAAUUUAAAGAUAGGUGA